CUGCCAAUUUAUAUAUCACAGUACUCCGCUAUACAACGUACCUAUCGGCUACAAAUUAAAAGCAGUGAUCUGAAUAAGUUCGCGCCAAAAUGUUCGUUUGAAUUUUGUGUCGAAAUUUCCCGCGUCACCUCGAGACUGAAGUGUUUUGCCCGAUUUGGAUUGUUGCCUUAACGAUGGAUUCCUGGGGCAUUUUGAAUGUGGACUCUGUGGCUCUUGUAUCCCGUGAUGACACUCAAGCCAGCUUUCGCAGGAAACAAGCUGUGGACUAACUGCUAACUAACUAAUGCUUUCCCUGACGCGUUGAAGAUGCAGGACCAAGAGAUAGUACGACCUGCAAGGCCAGUAGCGCCUUUACGGAGGAAAAAGAGCCAAACGAUAGAAAAGCUACCAGACAAGGUGUUACUGAACAUAUUCUCGUACCUAACGCACCGGGAGAUAUGUCGCAUGGCAACAGUUUGCAAGCGCUGGCGCAUGGUCGCGUACGAUACGAAGCUCUGGACCCAUGUGAGCUUGCGACCUGAGAUAUCUGGAUUGCACGUGGGAUCACUAGAAUCCCUACUGGCGCUAAUAUCCAUCAGGUUCGGACCAUCACUCCGCUACAUCGAACUGCCGAUAGAGCUGAUCACUCACACUGUACUCCAUGAGUUGGCUGCUAAAUGUCCUAAUUUGACACACAUGCUGUUGGACUUUAGUACAGCCAUGCAAUUGCAUGACUUCUCCGAGAUGCAGGCGUUCCCCACGAAGCUCAGGUACCUUUGCAUCUGCCUCUCUGAAGUCAUCUUCAUGGAAGGCUUUAUGAGAAAAAUAUAUAAUUUCAUCAAUGGUUUGGAAAUUCUUCACUUAAUUGGUUCUCCAGGUACUUAUGAGAAGGUAGAAGAAGAAGAAGAAGAAAUAUACGAAGUUAUUAACGUUCACAAGUUAAAGUCAGCGACGCCUAACUUGCGCGUGAUUAAUUUGUUUGGAAUCAACUUUGUGGAUGACUCGCAUAUUGAUGCGUUCAGUUCUAAUUGUAUUCAGUUGGAAUGCCUUGCAGUGAACUACUGCAACAAGGUAACGGGUUCCACCAUGAAAACCUUGUUCCAGCGUUCACGUAGACUUACCUGUCUUCUUAUGAAUGGAUGCAGUCUCCAAUCAGAAUACGUGAUGCAAGUGGAAUGGGAGAAGUCUUCCAUUCAAGAGUUGGAUGUGACCGCUACAGACUUGUCCACAGAGUGUCUGAUUGACAUGCUGACCAGGAUCCAGAACUUGAGGUUCCUAAGUGCUGGACAGAUUAACGGAUUCAAUGAUACUGUGUUGAAGGCCUGGAUGGAAGCUGGUACUACCAGGAGUCUAGUGGCCCUGGACGUGGACGCAUCGGACAACCUGUCGGACGAGGCGCUGCACCGCUUCGUGAGCCGCGCCGGGCCGCAGCUCGCCGGCCUCGCGCUCAGCGGCAUGCCGCACAUCACCGACCAGCUGUGGCAGAGCGUGCUGCACCUGCUCACCAACGCCAAGAUUCUUAUAAUGGGCACGCAAGAAAGAUUAGGCGUUAAUAUUCACGUGGAUCAGCUAAUGGAUGGCAUAGCAAAUAGUUGUCCCAACUUAGAAAGAUUGGAACUGCGCUGGGACCCAGAAAACUUACGUUUUAGCGAUAAGAGCCAAAAGGCUAUCGACAUCCUGCGAGUCAAGUGCCUUAAACUGAAGUGCCUUGUAUUGAGUGACGGGCGUUACUACGAGAUAGUAAAAGCCAACUUCGAGCGUGCAGACCGCACCACCGUCGUGCGCACGUCCACAAACUGUAGCGUCUCUAACUACUACCUCUUGUCCAAUUACAAGGACCUUAUAUUUAACUAAUAAAUCAUUUUGUUGA